AUGGCCAAGAAUAAUAUCACCACUGUAACCGAAUUCAUCCUCAUGGGCUUCACUGACUACCCCACCUUGGAGAUCCCUCUCUUCCUGCUGUUUCUUGGUUUCUACCUAGUCACCCUUCUGGGGAACAUAGGGAUGAUCAUCCUGAUCCAGGUGGACACCCAGCUCCACACCCCAAUGUACUUCUUCCUGAGCCACCUCUCCCUGCUGGACACCUGCUACACCUCAGUCAUCACCCCUCAGAUCCUGGCCACACUGCUCACAGGCAAGAUGGCCAUCUCCUAUGGCCAGUGUGCUGCCCAGUUCUUUUUCUUCACCAUCUGUGCAGGCACAGAGUGUUUCCUGCUGGCAGUCAUGGCUUAUGACCGCUAUGUGGCUAUUAGCAACCCACUGCUCUACACUGUGGCCAUGAACCCUCGAAUCUGCUGGGCUUUGGUGUUGGGAGCCUACUUGUGUGCGAUGUCGGGGGCCAUCUUGCGUACCACGUGCACCUUCACCCUCUCUUUCUGUGAUGACAACCAUAUCAACUUCUUCUUCUGUGACCUCCCCCCGCUAUUGAAGCUUUCUUGCAGCAACACAACCAACGCUCAGAUCAUCAUUGUCUUCUUCGGCAACUUUGUGAUUUUGACCAAUGCUUUGAUCAUCCUGAUUUCCUACCUGCUCAUCAUCAAGGCCAUUUUGAGGAUGAAGUCUUCAGGGGGCAGGGCCAAGACUUUCUCCACCUGUGCCUCCCACCUCACUGCCGUGGCCCUUUUCUUUGGGACCCUCAUCUUCAUGUAUCUACGCAGUCGCUCAGACAAGUCCCUGGAGGAAGACAAGGUGGUGUCUGUCUUCUACACUGUGGUCAUCCCCAUGUUGAACCCUCUGAUAUACAGCCUGAGAAACAAGGAUGUGAAGGCAGCCUUCAAAAAGCUCACUGAUAGACUCCAGGAGUCACGGGCCAUAUAG